AUGGUGUCCGUCGACGUCGCCGCCACGGCGACGCUGACGGCGGCCGCUUCCCUCUGCACCUCGACCCUCUACCCAGCCCUCGGUGUCAUCACCCUACCCGACGUCGGCUUGCCCAUCACCCUCGCCGAGCCACUUGUGCAGCAGUUUCCUUGCGCAUCUCUGCUGCCGCGCGCCGACAACGAUGAUGACAGCAGCGGCAGCAGCAGCAGCAGCAGCGCCGAAUCGAAGCAAGGAGCUACCACCACCGGCACGUCCGUCACCUCGCCCGCUGUGUCCGACCAGGCUGUCACCGCCACGAAUCCCUCCACGACCGACGACGCCAAUAUUACGGUAUCAGACAUUGUCGUCACCGCGACCACGGGUACCCCCACCGCCUCGGCCACGCUCAACUUUCACAAUGGCAACGACAACCCAAAGACGGUUCAUAUAUCCAGCUUCGGCGACCCCUUCUACCUCUCCACCUCGCCAAUUAUAUACGCCCUCUCCGCCUGCACCAUUGUCUCGUGGAUGCUCGUCAUUGCCCUUUUUAUCACCACCCGCUCAACCUUUGACGGUGGCAUCGUCUACCUCGGCAGCCGCGGGAGCUUCACCGGCAGCUCCUCCUCGGGAGGCGUCAGCAUUGGUGGCCGUCCCUGGCUGCAAAAGAUUGCCGCGCUGACCGUCGCCAUAUCACUCACCGUUGCUACGGCCGACACAAUGUCUAUUGUCAAGGACCAGUACGUCUGGGGCAUCACCAAUGCCCGCGAGCUGCAGCGCGACGUAAUGUCCCGUCUCGAGCUCAAAAUUAUCCGAAUCAUAUCCGACACCUUUCUCUGGCUGGCACAAGCCCAGACCCUCAUCCGCCUUUUCCCUCGACAUCGCGAAAAGGUUGUCAUCAAAUGGGUAGCCUUUGCCCUCAUCAGUCUCGAUAUUGUUUUUUCCUCACUCAACAGCUUUCCUUUCAGUGAAUACGAUAUCCUAAAUGGCAACUACAUUGACCCAAACGCAAAUGGUGACGACAGUCGUUCCAACAGGGGCCUCGCCCACCCGGUACCUGCCAUCAGCUACGUCUUUAAACUCUCCCUCGGCCUCCUUUACUUUUUUUGGGUCUCGUACUACGCAUUCUUGAAGCGACGUUGUGCAUUCUAUCACCCAUUGAUGAAGAAUAUUUGCCUCGUUGCCGUCAUCUCGCUCCUGUCCAUUACAGUUCCAAUUGUCUUCUUCAUUCUCGACAUUUCGAAACCAAAUUUUACCGCCUGGGGUGACUAUGUACGCUGGGUCGGCGCCGCCGCCGCCAGUGUUGUCGUGUGGGAAUGGGUUGAAAGAAUAGAGGCCCUUGAAAGAGAAGAGAAAAAAGACGGCGUGCUUGGCCGCGAAGUGUAUGACGGGGACGAUAUGCUUGAAAUCAAUGCUGCCGAAUAUCCUUGGCGCCAUAAGCACGGCAAAUUUGGAGGAAGCGGUAGCAGCGGCGGAAGCAACGGCAUCGACUUGGAAGGGGGACAGAUGCAUCAUCGACCGAAUGGGCAUGCUCUUGGCCCAGGCGGCUUGCAGAACGGGCACGCCCGAGGGCCAAGACCGCACGAGGACGAGGGGCGGAGCAUGGGCGAUAUACUGCGACCGCCCAUAUGGUCGCAACGAGCGGCGCAGGCUGCCACACCCGUCAGCAGAACUGACACGCCCAGCGCGGCAAGCACGGUAUAUGCCGUUCGAUAUCAGGGCGAAUCGAGAACACCUGAGCCGCCUAUGCCGUAUUUCACGCACGCACCAGAUUUGGUGAGACACCCAAGCGGGCCUCAGAGCUAUAGCGAGGAUGCUCACGACGCGCGGAGUCACUAUGGACGAGGCGCAGGUGCAAGAUACUCGCCAGAUGCGUCUGGUGAUGCUGGCAACGCCGCAAGCGAAUAUAACAGAGAAACAGAGAUGAUGACGCCGGCACGCGCAAGGGUUCUGCGCUCAGUGUCGUACGGCAAUGGACCAGAAGUGCAAGAUGCGGCUGACGACCAGCACACUAUUACCCGAACCAUGGACUUCAACACCAUUACAGCAGGCAGCCGAGGCGGUCGGGGUGGUAGAUGGGAUAUUCGAGGGCGUCUAGAGGACUUUGCAGCAUCACAGGCCGAGCGCUUUCGAGAAAAACUCCAUCCGUCGACAGACACGGACAAGCUGCCCGUUACGGUGGUACCUGCGCCUCCUCGCCGGGGUGCCGCGCUGCAGCAGGUGCUCGAAGAGGAUGAAGAAGGCAGCGAAGCACGGCGACAACAACAGCCUACGCAGCAACAGUCACAAGGCGGCAGCGUCUAUGGUGGCAGCUCGACGAUUGAUGCCGCGGCGUCGACGGCGUCGGAGCGGUACGCGAAUGGUCUUGCGCGAAUGUCGGCCAGGCGCAGCAGACCGGCGCCGCUUCCUCUGCCGGUCAGUCAGCCGCCUCUGUGGCCGGGCGUGAAUCGUCGCGCCGCGACGUAUGAUGAGGAAGAAGACGACGAGUCGUUUGAGGGGGAAGAGGACGACGAGGAUGAGGGCCAGUCGACGACGGAUGACUUGUCGUCUGUGCGGUCGCGGGAGCGGCCGAAUGGAUCGGCGGCGUCUCGGGCUGGGUAA